GUUCUUUGUGACAUCUUCUUCAGCUCACCAGUCUCCUCCUAGAUAUUUUUUUGGACCUAAUCUAUUUUACCCCUUUUUUCAUCUCUCUCUCUCUCUCUCUCUCUCUCUCCCUCGCUUACUUCCUGUAUUACAAUUUGCAAGUUUAAUCUGAAGAAUUUCUAUCUGGUAUUUAUGUAAUUAUUUGCACAAAAUGUUCGAUUGUGGUUCGAAAUCACAAAUUUUGGGCGGCCAACAAGAGAAGUUUGUAAGGUUGGAUGAUUUGGAUUCUAGAUUAUCAUCACCUUCUACUUCAGUUGGAAUGAACAAAUGUGGACUUGGCAUUGAGGGCCUAUCGCGUCCCCGUCAUGCAGCUAAUACCCCUUCAAGGUCUUUCAAGAGAGGAGUUAGAAGAGGAUCUGAGGGACUCAAGUCAAUUGGUCGAUCACUUAGAUUUGGGGUUUCUCGGGCAGUGUUUCCAGAAGAUCUUGAGGUGUCAGAGAAGAAGAUAUUUGAUCCUCAAGAUAAAUUACUUCAGUUGUGGAAUAAACUUUUUGUCGGAUCUUGCAUUCUGGCAGUAUUUGUGGAUCCUUUGUUUUAUUAUCUUCCAGUAAUUUAUCAGUCCUCAGCCUGUCUAGGUAUAGAUCGAAAGUUAGCAAGCACGGCUACGUCACUCCGAACAAUAAUCGAUGCUUUCUACCUUCUCCACAUAGCACUGCAAUUCCGAACAGCUUACAUUGCCCCAUCAUCUCGGGUUUUUGGACGAGGCGAACUUGUUAUAGAUCCUGCGAAAAUAGCUAAGCGAUACCUACGGAGCUAUUUUAUCAUCGAUUUUCUUGCUAUUCUUCCCCUACCACAGAUUGUGGUCUGGAGGUUUCUGCAGAGAUCUGAGGGUUCAGAUGUACUGGCUACAAAACGAGCUUUGCUUUACAUUAUCUUCAUUCAGUAUAUUCCUCGAUUUGUCCGAAUCCUACCUUUAGCUUCCGAAUUGAAAAGGACUGCUGGUGUCAUUGCUGAAACUGCAUGGGCUGGUGCUGUAUACUAUUUGCUAUUAUACAUGCUUGCUAGUCAUAUAGUUGGAGCAUUCUGGUACUUAUUAUCUGUAGAACGUAAUGAUACGUGCUGGCAGAAGGCUUGUAAAAGUAAUCGUCUAUGUGAUACGGAUUUCUUGUAUUGUGGCAACCAGAACAUGGCAGGUUACGGUGAUUGGAAGGACGUCAGUUAUUCAGUUCUUAGUUCUGCUUGCUCUGUAACUGUUGAUAAUCCGCCAUUUGAUUUUGGAAUCUUCAAACAGGCCUUGUCGUCUGGCAUUGUUUCAUCCACAGAGUUCCUUUCCAAAUACUGUUACUGCCUGUGGUGGGGACUACAGAAUUUGAGUACACUUGGUCAGGGACUUCAAACCAGCACCUAUCCUGGAGAGUCUAUAUUCUCCAUAGCACUAGCAAUAUUUGGGCUCAUCCUCUUUGCUUUAUUGAUUGGAAACAUGCAGACGUAUCUUCAAUCUCUUACAAUUCGACUCGAGGAGAUGAGAAUCAAAAGACGUGAUUCAGAGCAGUGGAUGCAUCAUCGCUUGCUCCCCCAAGAUCUCAGGGAACGUGUAAGACGCUAUGAUCAGUACAAGUGGUUGGAAACACGUGGAGUGGACGAACAUAACAUAGUUCAGAGUCUACCCAAGGAUCUUAGAAGGGACAUCAAACGACAUCUCUGUCUGGCUUUGGUGAAGAGGGUUCCUCUAUUUGAGAACAUGGAUGAAAGGUUGCUCGAUGCCAUUUGUGAGCGACUAAAGCCAUGUUUAUACACAGAGCACACCUAUAUAGUUCGAGAAGGAGAUCCAGUUGAUGAGAUGCUUUUCAUCAUACGUGGUCGCCUAGAGAGUGUAACCACUGAUGGUGGAAGAAGUGGAUUUUUCAACCGAAGUUUGUUGAAAGAAGGCGAUUUCUGUGGAGAGGAGCUUCUGACCUGGGCACUGGACCCCAAAUCUGGUUCUAACUUACCAACUUCAACUCGAACAGUAAAGGCUUUGAACGAGGUGGAGGCAUUUGCACUAAUAGCCGAUGAGUUGAAAUUUGUGGCUGGUCAGUUCAGGCGGCUUCACAGUAGACAAGUUCAGCACACGUUCCGUUUUUACUCGCAGCAGUGGAGGACAUGGGCCGCUUGCUUUAUCCAAGUAUGGUGGCGGCGGUAUUCAAAGAGGAAAAUUAUGGAACUUCGCCGGAAGGAGGAAGAAGAGGAACUUCACAGGAAUGCUGGUGGAGGAGGUUCAUAUAGCCUUGGUGCUACCUUGUUGGCUUCUAGAUUUGCGGCUAAUGCGCUUCGCGGGGUCCACAGGAAUCGGAUUCUUAAGAGCGCGAGGGAGCUGGUGAAAUUACAGAAGCCUCCGGAGCCUGAUUUCACUGCUGAUGAUGCCUGAUUAAUUUUGAAUCUGAAUUUGAUGAUGAUUACUGUUAUUGCUAUCCUGAUUUCUACUCUAUGCUUGAAGAAGGGCAAAGAAAAAUGUACACCAUACACUAGUAUGUAUCAUGGUUAAGGUUUGUCAAAAAAAUGAAUUUGUAUAAUUAUAAUUUAUAUAUUAUGCUCGUAUUUCUACGUCAUUUUUCA